ACGAUUGAGAUGAAAUCUGUUCCAUACGUAUGUUAUGGCAAUUGUUUGUACAUUGAGUCAAAAAUAGCUAAUGUCACAGGUAUUUCAGGAGUUAAUAGUAAAGGUUCAGUAGAAUAUAAAUCCUUCUGUUAUGAAGUAAAUUCAAUGUUCAUUCCAAACGUUCCUGUCAUAGCAACUCAUUUAGGUAAAUGGGUUCGCAUUAGUCCUCAUAAUUUGAAAGACAUGCAAUUCAGACUUGUUGACUUUCAAGGAGAGCCUGUAGAACUGAAGGCACCAGUGCGAAUGACUGUUGAAGUUGACUUUUUAGAAAAUAUUAAAUGCAACAGCUUACAAGAGAACUCAGAGCUAAAAAUAUAA